CCAGAGGGUUCCAGGAAUUUCACCUCUCGCGCAGAAAAAUUGUUUUUGCCGGCGGCCGAAUUUACUUUGUUUGUGGAGGUGGCCAAUGCAACGACGAUGGCAAAUGGUCUCUACAUCUUCAACUAAAUUUUGAGGAGAUUUCGACUAAUCCCUUUUACUCACUCACCACGCUUUUGGAGAAAUAUUCAGAGCGUAGGAAGUCAAGAUACCAGACCGACGCCUUGAAGGCUGCGGAAGGGAUUUGUUAUCGAUAUUCCAGACUCUGCAAGAGCCCGUUCCUUCAAGGUAUGCCAGUGGCCAUAUUCGAUACGUUCAUGCUUUUCCGACGCAGAGCACCUAUGGGGGGCCGCCGCAGCGAAUUUCCAAGUUAUUCCUGGCUAGGAUGGAAACAUGGAGUCCAAAUUCCUAACUUUAUUGACAAAACCAACCUGAAGGAAUGGAAAAUAUCAUGCACAUGGAUUGUGUGGUAUAAAAGGACUUCAGGAGCCCCAGAUUUGGUAUGGGAUACUACAAAAAGCACCGUACUCCUGCAAGAAAUAGGAAGCAAGACGGGGUACCGAGGGCGAACUAGCAGAGACCCAACGGGAGAAUUAAGUAUGUUAGGGGAUCACCUCAAAGAGUCAUUUCCACAAGGGUUCAAAGACGGUGUUGAGAAGCGAAAACGGUGCCAUUUCUCCGUUUCAGAAUUUGCCAGCAUCAACCCCGCCUCCCAAACCCCACCUUCACUGAAUAGUUUGCUAUCAUCAAAAAGACCCUACGAUCUACUACAAUUCUGGACUAUCUCGACGUACUAUAAGAUCCACCUCGCGUUCAACCAAUACAAGGACUGUGACGAGUAUUUCCCACUCUUUGAUAAAGAUCAGGAGUUCUGUGGUAUUGUGAGGCUGGACGAAGAGCCACCAGGGAAUGAAGCAGUUCAUGCGGAGUUUCUUAUCCUAUCGAAGGCAUGUCAUGAUAUUAGCAAAGACGUGAUUUGGAGCACCCCUGUCAUGGAAAGACUAUCCUUGCUAUCACAAGAAAUGAAGGAAAGUCCGCUUUGCAACGCAAACCGAGAAAGGUACUCUGCAGAGGAAGAGAUUUUUCAUGACGACCUCUAUUGCGUGUUAUGCAUCCAAUGGAAGGACGACGGAGUGGCAGAGAGAGUUGGAUCGGGGUUUAUAUACCGGACAGCUGUAGAGCAUGCGCAUUUUCCAGGACCAGUAUGGAAAGAAAUAAUUCUUGGAUAAUUUCAACAUUACUAAGUUUCUUAAAAGGAGUUUAACACAGCAUGUAUAUCUUAAAGCCAUCUAGCCAUGCAUAUAAAUAAGUCUAAUACAUAGUGAAGUACUUUAUAUAAAGAAAGUAUAUAAGGAU